GGGUGGAGACAUAUCUCGUCCCCAUAGAAAAAGAACAUCAACUGACGGAGGCAAAAUUUUGGCCGGCUGCAUCAAUUGACGCCGACUUAUUAUUAUUUUUAUUUCAACGUUAUUUAUUGCACUACCCAGCACAUCUCAUCAUUCUUCCUCGUAACUGUAAAAAAUAAGAGAUGAGUCAGGCGGAGCAGGUGCUCGAGGGCACACCUGCUAACCUUAGUGACGAACCAGUCGAUUCAGACAUCCUCAAAGACCACCCACAGACUCAGACGAGCAUGUUGGGCAAAUUGGCGGGAGGCUUGUACGGCGCCACCAAGGGGGCUUUAGGAGCGACCGUGAACAGUGUGACGUGGAUUGGAGGAAAGAGCCUGGACAUCACCAAGACGGCCGUCAGCUCAGUGGCCGCCGUGCCUGCGGCAGGCGUAGGUCUGGUCAAGGGAGGAGUGUGCGCCGUAGCCGGCGGUGUGACGGCCGUCGGUUCUGCCGUGGUCAGCAAAGUUCCAAUGGGAGGAGGCAAAAAGAAGGACAAGUCCGACUGAGGGGAAGAGGAGAGGGAAUUUGCACCAACGAUGUGUUGGCCACGCUCUGUUCGCUCAGACGCAGCAACAGUAGGCAAACAACACAAGACUCAAUGUUUUGUUGUGGGUUCUGUGCUUUGUGUACCCACUUUUUUUCAUUAUAUUGAUGUUUUUGUAAACUGCAAAAUAUAAGCUAGGAAAGGCUUAUUUGUUGUGAGAGGAAAACACCUUUCUUUUCACCAAUGGCGUGAAUUGGUCCAAAUAAAAAUAUCCGUGUCUAUUUUGAUCACAAGGAUUGUUUUCACUGCAAACUACACCAGCAAACCUGAAUUACAUGCACUUGAAUAUCACCAGCUCGACAAUCAAUCUGUCACGAGUGAUCAUCAAUUAUUAACCAGGUCAGGUUUUUGCUCACUAAAUAUAUUUUUCACGCAAGAUGUUUCUGUCCACGUAAGCACCCCCAGUGGUCUGAAUAGGUGACCAAUAGGCAUCAAUAGCAGCAUUGAUUGAUGUGUCUGUUAAUAUCAAAUAUAUCAAUGGAGUCAGAUUUCAAAUCAAAAUGUGAGUCAAAAGAUUUGACUCCCAGAACUGAAUACACUCAUCCAUUUUGUUUAUACUCUUAUGCAAUAAGAUGAAUGCACUCUUUGGCAUUGCACCA